CUAGCCGAAGAUUUCUCGCGGCUUCUUUUUCCUGUCAACCCGCGUCGCAUUUUUCUGGCAUAAUGGCUCAUGGUUGCUCAUGGUUGCUUAUGAUAGACUCUCUUGAGACAGUGGGAUCAAAACCACCCCACUAUCGUCCUGUUGCACCUACCGGUAGAUAGCUAGUAGUCAAUCACUCUGCUGGUCCGAUGAGUACGGUAGCUACCGAGAAGUACUAGUAACUUGCUGAUAGAUCUUGCACUUGAUCAAUUGAGCACAAUCCCUUUUUUAGAAAAGGAGACUGGGUAGCUGUUCAAGCCCGGCAACCAGAAAGCAAACUCUGAAGAUCAUUCUCACAGAUAGCCAAUCCUCUGGAUGCAGUUCUUGUAAAAGAAGUUGCUUCCCACAAAACACAAAACUCAAAACACAAAUCCCAAAUCGGAUAAAGCCAUCUAGCUAGCUAGCUACUACUGAGUAUUAGUACUAGCUACUUUUUAAAGAAGUUAGAUUUUUAUUUAAAGCACCAUGGGAAUCUACCGCAGCCACAUCAGUGUGAACCUGAACCAAGCCAAUGUGUGCCAAGCCCUGCUAGCACUGAAUGAGAUCCCCAAGGCGCAGCAAAAGGUAAAGACAGCCCACGUGCACGCCACUUGUCCUUCUUUUCCUCCACACGUACCGGCUACUACUAGUAGUACUGGUACCAACACCAGCAGCACUAAAGGCAAGAACGCUAGAAAGAACAAGGCCUGCAUGUCCAAAGCGCACAGAAUGGAGAGCAUUAUUCAAGUCUUUCGGGCUAUUGCAAGUCUACCUAAUCUGACAUCCCUUACGGUGGAUCUUGAGUACUUUGCUGCCCUGCCAGUGGGUGCCUUGCUGGAGCUGCUAAUUGGGAAAUGCCAGCUAGAGUCCUUGCAGCUCUCACAUCUUCAAUUGGUUGCAACGACGACGGACACAAACCCUGACAAUGGCAAUGGCAAUGCCAGCAUGGAGGACACGCAUCCAGAGAACGAGUUGGAUCUUUUGCGCUUGAUCCUCAAUAACCAACCCCGGCUGAGUGCCAUCCACUUCACUUCUUGCAGAGGCAAUCCUGCCAUAAUGCAAGCUCUCAUUCUGGAGCCACCUGCUUUGCAAUCCAUCCACCUAGAUGGGACGCCCAUUGCCCCUGUACACACUCCACAAAAUCCCUCUUCCAACAACGAAACCAUCACAGCUUCCACCUGCAGCUGCACCGACACGCUGGCCAGAAUCCUCCGGGCAUCUCCUCAGUUGAAAGAAUUGUCUCUCAUGAACUUGCCUCUUGGACAGAUUAGUGAUAAACACAUACAAACCAUGGCCGGUGAACUGUCCUGGGGCGAGGCCUGCAAACAAUUGACAGACCUCACCAUUGUCUCCAGUUUGCUGGGAGAAGAAACGGGAGAAGCCAUCAGCAACAUGCUCGUAUUCAAUGACUCCAUUCGAGCCCUCACGUUGCACAUUGAUUGGGAAGAAAUCGGAUACGCCGUUUCCAAAAUGAUUCAAACCAACUCCACGCUCCAACGACUCGAUGUUAGGGUCUACGGAGACGAAGACUUCAUCACGGAUGGCGUUGUGGCAGUCGCCCAGGCACUCGAAAAACCUUUCUCCUCGUUGCAAAAGCUACGACUCUGCUUUGAAUUUGAACCCAGUCGCAUUCCCGGGGCCGUUCUGGACGCCUUCUCCAAGGCAUUGGAGACCAAUGAAACCUUGGGAAAACUCGUUUUGACGGAUACCAUUGAAAAGUGUGCUUUACCCGUCGCCAUGCGAACCAGAUUGCGUCUCAAUCGACUUGGAGUGCAUGAUUUGUUACGUGCCGCAAACGAAACAACUACAAUCACUACCGGUGCAACUGAUACAGCCGCAUCCAAAACAGAGUCUUCCCGCAAUGCAUCACCAUCCGUCCACGAAACCUUCGUGGAAGCCAUCAUUUCUGCCAAGAAUGAUAUUCAUGUCGUCUACAAUCUCCUUUCCAACUAUCCACUUCUCUGCAUGGCUCCUCUUGAGCAGGAGCAGACGUCGACCUCGACCUCGACAUCGGAUGCCAAGCUUUCGUCCUCCCAUCUCGCUCUCGAGUCGAUCUCGAACUACAACUUGCCAAUCAAGAUUCCUUACUACACUAAGACUUUCAGUCGACUAGGAGGAGGAGGUGGUUAUCCAAGUACCGGUACUGGUACCAAGGAUCUUGCAUUCUUUCAAGUUGCCCUGCCAAGUACGAGUACCAGUACGAGUACCAGUACGAGUAGCGGUACGAGUAGCAGUACCAAGAGAACUGCAAAAAAGUUGGGGCGAACAUUCAAGUCUUUGUUUGCUCCUUCUGCUUAGUUUAGUUUCAAAAGCAAAAGCAACAACUAGUACAUGUACCAGUACAGUACCAAUACAUGUCCUGCUAUCUAUAAUAGAACCAUAAAUGUAACUGCCUGCGUUUUCUAG